UCAACGCAAUAUGUUGCCCUGUGGACAUUUCUCACGUGGCCCAAAUCAGGUCAAGAGUUUUAUAUUCUUCAUUUUAUUGUCGUUUUUGAUAUAUACUUUUAUUAUAAUUAUAUUCAGUUUUUGUGGUGGUUGUGUUUGUAGAUAAUACAAGCUUAAUAAAGGCUGAAUGACAAAAAAAUAGUUUGGAAGCAACAUGGAUAAAAGAUUGAAAGAUCCAUAUGGUGAAGUAGAUUUCCUCCUCCUUGUAAAAAAAAAUCAUUUCCUGGACACAGUUCCCAGAGUCCCUCAUUCCCAACUGUAUGAGAGGAAACAACAUAGAGUAGUGAAAGCAAUGUACAGUAGGAAUCUGCUACGCCCAGGGAACAACGUCAGUACAACUUAAUCAUCAUUUCGCGGAACAAUUACAUUAAUCCAUUAAAUUUCCCCUAAACGUGAGUCAACACGGAAGAAAGGUAAUAUAGAUGUGCGGCGAGUAUCUGUUUCAAUUCCACAGGACACUGCCCUGUCAGGAUGGCUGAUCCGAUGUACUCCAGCGAAAAUCCAAUCGGAAAUUUAAACGACGGGGUCGAGGAAUGUGACGAGAAUUGUGCUUUCUGUAUAAUCGCAAACGGAGCCUGUCCAGACACUGACAUACUGUUUGAUGAUGGAGACAUUGUUUGUUUCCAGGACAUUGAUCCAGGAGCAACUCAUCACUAUCUGGUUAUUCCAAAAAAACAUAUCCACAGUUGCAAGUCACUUGAAGCAGAUGAUAUUAGUCUUGUGAAGAAGAUGGCAGAAAUAGGAAGACAAAUAUUAAAAGAAAAGAAUGUCACAAAUUUUGAGGACAUCAGCCUAGGGUUCCAUGUGCCUCCAUUUAUCACCGUCCCCCACCUGCACCUUCAUGUUCUUGCACCUUUUAGUCAACUUUCUAAAGGAGUAAGUUUCAAGUUUAGAGGCUACUUUUACCUCACAGUGGAGAAUAUGAUACAGAUUCUGGAAAAGAAAAAGGGUCGUCUUAAUAUUAAAUUGAUUAAAUGCUUGCCUUCAUGUAUAUGAAAGCAUGUAAACACAACCCACUUUAGUGCAAUAUUCUUUAUAAUAUUAACUUCCACAGUUUGAUUUCAGCUUAAAAGGCAAGUUAAUGUAUUAUUGUUUGUGUGUAUUUGUCUUUUAUCUAAUAGUGUGUUGACUGGGAAGGUGGUCUUCUGACAUGAUCAUUUAAAAAAUAUUUAUAUGACUAUUUAUAAAUCUAUUUUAUAACUGAUAAUUUAGUGAUUUAGUAAAAUUAGCUUGGAACUGAUAAGUUGGUGUCUUUGUACUGUAGUUGUUUAUGUUAUAUUAUUCACUGGCUUCACAAUGAAUUCAUUAUUUUUUUAUUUUAGCCUUUAUCUUUUAUAGGAGAUUGAAUUGUAGAUAGGCAAGUUGGGAUUGAUUCUUUAAUCAGUACGUGUGUCCCAAGAAUUGAAUUCAUGACCUUUGCUGCUAACACAAUGCACUACAGUACCAGUUUGUUACAGAAAAAAAAUCAAUCAAUCAUAUGUUAUGUUCCCUCUGUAUUUUUGUGAAUUAUUACCUGGAAUGACAAAAAAACUGACCAUAAACUUGACUUUCUAAAAAAA